CCUCCUCGGAAUGCACCAGGCCAGAGCCGCCCUCAUUUGAGAGGUGGAAAUUCUCCGAAUGCCUGAAGAAUGGCUAAAACACGCCCUUGUCGGGCUUCUCCAUACUGAAGUUGGAGAUAAGCGUGGGAGGCGACGGAUAUCGGAGCCACCGAGCCUCAACCCGGGGAACGACCUUGGCUGUAGUACAGUCUCCCAUUACUGUUGACCCGCUGCACAUCAGAAUGCCGCACGCCACCGUCCCAGAAUACCAGCACAUCCAAGUCACCGAGCUUGCGCCCACCUUUGGCGCGGAGGUGUCUGGUAUUGAUUUCACCAAGCCUGUUCCACCAGAAGUCUUUCAAGAGAUAUCUGAUGCAAGCGCAAAGUAUGGCGUCCUAGUCUUCCGCAAGGCCGGCCUCGACGACGCCCGACAUGUCGAGUUCUCCCGCCUCUUCGGCGAACUAGACGACGUGAAACCCUACAUGACUCUCGGCCGGAUAAACCGCUUCCCCUUCCUCGAGCUGUUUGACGUUUCGAACCAAGAAGACGAUGGAUCACUAGUGCAGGUUGGCAGCAAGAGAGACAUAAUGGGCAGGGGUAAUGGCCUCUUCCACUGUGACUCGGCCUUCAACCCUCGCCGCGCAGGCUACUCUUUGCUUCGGGCCCACGAGCUCCCACCACCCGGCCACGGCGGCAACACCGACUUCGCAGACACCCGCACCGCAUUCGACGAUCUCCCCGAAGACCUCAAGACCCAGCUAUUGGACAACGACUACAUCGGCGCCAACAGCCUAUGGCACUCGCGGCGGAAAGCCGCACCAGACAGUGAAUUUGUCCAGGAUUUCGACCCAGAGGCAUACCCGUUCGGACGACACCGGAUUGUCCAAUUGCACGAACGCUCGGGUCGUACGAAUCUAUAUAUCGCCAAUCACUUGCACCACCUGGAGUAUAAGGACGGGAGUCGUGUGCCGGAACCUGAAUCGACGCAAUUGAUUGAACGGUUACUCGCGCACGCGACACAGGAUAAAUAUGUUAUUAGCGUGGAGUGGCGGGAGAAUGGAGAUGUGGUCUGCUGGGAUAAUACGGCUGUUAUGCACCGCGCUAGCGUUGGCAGUUUUGCAGGCAGAUAUAAGCGUGAUAUGAGACGGACUACGGUGCAUGAUUCGAGUAGUCAGGCUUGGGGGUUGAAUGAGCGGACGACGAAGAGGAUGGGGUUGCCUUGAGCACACAUGCGUUGACUGUGGUAUAGUAUACGUAGUGAAGGGGAUGUCUUGGGCAACCGAGGGAGACGACGAGGAGGAAUGGGGGAAACGACUUCCACAUCCCGAGUCUAUAUGAGACAUGAUAGCGGCGAUGUGAGUUUAGAUUUUGUAUUGAAAGCGAGUUAUCUUAUUCUUCCAGCAUGCUC